GUCAGUAAACGUGCGAGUUACCAAACCGAAGUUUUUGUGUGGUAUCGCGCCGGGCUCCAGAUUUUGUAAGUGCUUUCAGGAGCUUCUAAGGUGAGGUAUUGUCUUCGGACCGUGCAUCUUCUUUUUGAUAUGUUGCAUGAAAUUCAUUGAACUUUGCAUGUAGUUUUUUGCAUUCAAUGUUGAGAAUUGUAUGUGAAGGUUUGGUAAUCUAUGGGAGUCAGAAAGAAACACGGAUUUUGAGUGGAUUUGGACUCGAAACUUAUCCUUAGGGUUGAGCGUCAUUUCACGGGACAUAUUCUGAACAUGGGACCUAAUGUGACCUUACAUAUGCAUACAGCUGCAUCCAAGCACAACCUCGAGUCCAAACCUGUGAAGUGAUAGAAACUGCUUUAUAAUCCAUGUGUUCACAGGUUACCAGCAUGGCUCAUUCGUGUAUCCACUGGUUCCGUAAGGGACUCAGGCUUCAUGACAACCCAGCACUGAUCGCAGCCUUGAAGGACUGUAAGGAGCUGUACCCUGUGUUCAUCGUGGACCCUCACCUCUACAACAAGACCAGCGUGGGCAUAAACCGCUGGAGGUUCCUCAUGGGAUCCCUCAAAGAUCUGGACUGCAGCCUCAGGAAGCUCAACUCCAGGUAGAGAAAGUGAAAAGAAAAAAACAAAAUCAGAAUGUUGAAAAGAGUAAAAUCAUAAUGGCUCUCAGGAAAUUGUAUGACUUAGGAAGGGUGAAUAAUAGUCAUCAUACUCAUUUUCCUCAUGUCUUUAACAGGCUUUUUGUUGUGGGGGGGAAGCCAGAGGAUGUGUUUCCUGAGCUGUUUGACAAGUGGAAGAUAACUAAGUUGACCUAUGAGUAUGAUACAGAGCCCUACAGUCUGAGCCGCGAUGAAACAGUGACCGCACUGGCCAAAAAGCUCAACGUGGAUGUCAUCUGCAAAAUCUCACACACUCUUUACAACAUAGAAAGGUAUCACUCUAUAUGUCCACUUUAUUUGCUAACAGUUUCACUUAAGUUCUGUUGUCACUCUUGAAACACGUGAUUUGGGUGUUUUGUUGUUUGCAAUGUCUUCACAGGGUGAUACAGGAAAACAAUGGAAAGACCCCCCUGACUUAUGUUCGCAUGCAGGCAAUAUUAAAGAGUAUUGGUCCACCCAAAAGACCAAUUCCUGCCCCAUCUAUGGAAGACAUGAAAGGUACUAAUUUGGUACUAAAUGAUGCAGAAAAAUAGCCACUAAAGCUGCAAAGGCUCCAAAUCAAACUUAUUUAAACGUAGACUUUCUCUAAAGCUUUUGAUAAAAUAAUCAAACAAGAUAUAUCACUUCUCUUACAGAUGCGAAGACCCCUCAUUCAAAACAGGAUGAGAAGCAGUACAGACUUCCUACACUAGAGGAGCUGGGUCAUGACACCUCUGACCUCUUUGAAGAGAAAUUCCCUGGAGGAGAACAGGAGGCUCUGAGGAGAUUAGAUGAACACAUGCAAAGAACGGUAUUUAUCUCAAACAAGAUACAGUAGGAACAGUUAGAAACAAGAUACUGAAGUUUCCUCUUGAUAUUUUCUCAAACUGAUCUGACAGAGGUGAUUGUUUUUAGCCCAAUGUCCAAACCUGCAAAGAUACACGCAUGUACAAUAUAUGUUCCAUCUCACUGAUGUGAUUUAUCUUUUUGUUGGUGUUCUUUUUUAUUUUGUCUUCAGGGAUGGGUGUGCGCCUUUGAGAAGCCACAGACAUCUCCAAACUCUCUGAGCCCCAGCACCACUGUCUUGAGUCCCUAUGUGACGUUUGGCUGCCUGUCUGCUCGUACCUUUUGGUGGAGGCUGACAGAAGUUUAUCAGGGGGUGAGUAACACUAUCUCGAAACAAUCUCUGUUGGUGCUGUACUAAAUUAUACAAGUCAGAUGCUUUUUAACAACAGGAUAUGUGUUAUAAUGUGCAUUGUCAUUGUGUGGCCUUAGCUAAAACUUUGUUAUGGUGUGACUUUGUCUGAGUGUUCCUGAAUUGCUCUUGCAGAAAAAGCACUCGGACCCUCCAGUGUCUCUGCACGGUCAGCUCCUCUGGAGGGAGUUCUUCUACACAGCAAGUUUGGGAAUCCCUAACUUCAACAAGAUGGAGGGCAACUCUAUAUGUACCCAGGUGGAUUGGGACACAAAUCCAGAAUAUCUUGCUGCGUGGAGAGAGGUAUUGUGGCAUUAAAACGGUUUUAGAUAUUGACAAACAAAAUUAGAAAAAAAUGUGCUUUUGAAGGAAGAGUUUCAAAGGUCUCAUCUGAGUUUCUCCGUCAUUAAUUUUUCCUCCUGUGUUCUUCCUGAAGGCCAGGACUGGUUUCCCCUUCAUUGAUGCCAUCAUGACUCAGCUGAGGCAGGAGGGCUGGAUUCACCACCUGGCCAGACAUGCUGUCGCCUGUUUUCUCACCAGGGGUGACCUGUACAUCAACUGGGAAGAGGGGCAGAAGGUUAGCAAAAAAGCAUCAUGUUGGCUUCUCAUUAGAAUAAAAAUAGGUAUUAAUCUCACCCGGGCCCAGGGUACAUGAUUGUAUGUGCAGAGAAGCAAAAGCUUUGUUGACAUUUUGGUUGAAUAAGUGAAAGCAUUUUCUGUUUAAACAGCACUAGACAGGGUUUUGAUAACUUAAAAACAAGGAGUUGUCCACUGAGUCUGAUGAUUUAUUAUAAACAUUUGCUUUUAAAGGUGUUUGAGGAGCUUUUGCUGGACGGCGACUGGGCUCUGAAUGCUGGAAACUGGCAGUGGCUCUCAGCAAGCACCUUCUUCCACCAGUUCUUCAGAGUCUACUCCCCUGUCGCAUUUGGGAAGAAGACAGACAAAAACGGAGAUUAUAUCAAGUGAGAUCUUACUGCUGAAAAGCUCAAAUUAUCAGGACUGUGUGUGCUCAUUGUAUAUGUCCACAAUACGUCUUCUCUACCUUUGCAGAAAGUACCUUCCUCUUCUUAAGAAGUUUCCAGCCGCAUACAUCUAUGAGCCGUGGAAAGCUCCACGCAGUGUCCAGGAGGCAGCAGGAUGCAUCGUGGGUAAAGACUAUCCCCGUCCUAUUGUGGAGCAUGAAGUGAUCAGCAAGAAAAACAUCCAGAGGAUGAAAGCCGCUUAUGCAAAGAGAUCUGCAAAGGCUCCUGAAUCACCCAGUAAAAAGCAAGGUAUACAAAAAGAAAAGAAGUGCAGUAUUUCCUCUGAUGUUAGACGUGUGCAAAAAAUUCCUUCACCACAUUAUUUUCUAUGUUUUCUUUUAGGAGUGAAACGCAAGCAGCCAUCUGUUUCCGACAUGCUGAAGAAGAAGGAUAAGAAGAAGAAGUAAUGUCUGCACAAAGUAAUGUGAAUCUUUAAUAGGAAAAUACGGGUUGUUCUUUAAUAAUAUUGUAUUUUUAUGAGGAGCCAAAGUGAUAUUUACUGUACAGGAAGGCAGUGAACUACAGUUUAUUUUUUUAUGCAAUGUUCAUUCAAGUUCUCUAUACUGUUUUUCAACUACUUUUAUUGUUAUAUUUGGUAUUGUAUCCAUUUUUCAUGUCUGACAGUGUGUGUCUGAGUGCACAAGGUUGAGUCGAGAGUACACUUGUAGAUAACUCUUGUGCAGAAUUGUUAAAGAGUCAAAUAGAUGAAAACAUUUUAAAAGGUUAAAUAAAAGUCUAGUAGUUUUACUUUGUUUGAAUGUCGAGGUUUCAAUUGAGAUUGAGUGUGUGUGUGUGUGUGUGUGCGUGCUUUGCAUUUAAACAUUUGUUGUUUUUGUUAAGCGCCAAAAAUCUUCUGUCUCUAUUUUUACUUUCAAUAUUUGACUUUACAGGUGUUUUUCUUUUCAAUAAUAAUAAAACUUAAUAUUUCCAGAAAUACA